GUAGUAAUAAAAAUUGAUGUUCAGUAAUAAAAAAUAGAUUGUUAAAAUGUAAUUUGGGGGCCAGAAUGAUGCCUCAGUGGUGAAGAUGCUUGCCAAGUAAGCCUGAAGACAUGGGUUCUGUUCCCUGAGAUCCAUAUGGUAGAAAGAAAGACCCAACUCCUAUAACUAGUCUCCUAACCUCCACAGAUGCAGCACACAUGCCCCUUCCCACAUAGGCCAAUAAAUAUUCUAAAAAUGUGUAUAAUUUGAGCAUUAAAUGCAUAGUAAACAUUAAUUACAGAAGGGAUGGACAAGAUGCACAUUUUCAGAAAAAAAAUUUAAAAUCUAGUUUUGAAUUUUAAAUUUCAUUUGCUCUAAGAAUAUCAAGUUGUUAGAAAUUAAACAUGGAGUGUUUUUAUUGCUUGGUUUUGGUCAUGAAAAUUAAACCCAGGAUCUCACACAUGCUAGGCAGGCAUUGUGGUAUGGAACUGAACAUUAACCCCCCCAGAGUAAAAUUUUUAUCAAAGAAUCAUUGCUCUUCAGAGAAUUGUGCUGUUGGUCUGACCUCAUUUAGUUGCUUCUCCAGUGAUAGAAGAUGCUGUUCUCACCCCUCAUCAAAGGAACUUCUCUUUGUAGCAGACAGAGAUCACUGAAGAAAGCCAAAACCCAUCAGACUUGGGGAGAGGGUCAAGGGAGAGAAGAGAGAGAGGUUGAUUUAAAUUAAUAAAAGAGAGAAUAUGACUUCACAAACACAAUUUAGCUGAUCAUGAUGAAGCAGGACUGUAAUUCCUGGAUUCCUGUACUUGGGAGACCAAGAAGGAUUACAAGUUCAAGGCUAGCCUGAACAAUUGAAUGAGAACUUGUCGAUAUUUUUUUAGAGCUGAGGAUAUAGUUUUUGAUAGAAGAGUGCUUGCCUAGUGUGUUUAAGGCCCUGGGUUCAACCUCCAAUAAUGUACAGAACUCUCCGUGUUAAUGACUCACUACAGAUGAUGUAGAUCUGGUGAUCCAGGUGGAGGUAGGGCUGAACUAGCAGCUAUUUUUGUGAAAGUAGAACGCUGGCUACUGAGGUCAUCUUACAGGAAUCAAGAUGAAUGAAUAGUUCACAGAGUCCAGGUGGACAUGACGGCAUGGGAGUGAAACUGCUUCUCUUUGCCAUGGCAGCAUGGAGAAAACAUGGACCUCACUCAACGGAAGCUGGAUCUCAAAUGCUGCAUCAUAUGGAGCACAGACAGGGCUGACUUCCUGCCUUACAGUCCCCACAUUCAGAAGAGCCCCACACUUAGUGGAGUGCCAUGACAUUGCCACCUUGAAAUUUCUCAUGGUCUUUGAACAAAAUGUUCUACUUCGUGAUGAGUCCUGAAGUUAGUAUGUCUUAGAUCAUGGCAUACAUUGAGGAAACUGGGUGGAAGGGUCCCAACAGUGGGAAAGGAGUCACCUUCACAGUCACCAAGUCCUUCGUGAAGAAAGCUCGGCACAGUUUCCAUGCUCGGAUGGCUCGCAGGAAGGAGGUGUUUAUCCAGGAACGGUAUGGGAGAUUCAAUCUCAACGACCCCUUCCUGGCUCUCCAGAGAGACUAUGAAGCAGGUGCUGGUGACAAAGAGAAGCCGGUGUGCACCAACCCUCUCUCCAUUCUUGAAGCCGUCAUGGCCCACUGCAGAAAAAUGCAAGAAAGGAUGUCCACGCAGCUGGCUGCCGCCGAGAGCAGGCAAAAAAAGUUGGAAAUGGAAAAGCUUCAGCUUCAGGCCCUUGAACAGGAGCACAAGAAGCUGACUGCCCACCUGGAGGAGGAGAGGGGCAAGAACAAGCAUGUGGUCCUGAUGCUGGUGAAGGAGUGUAAGCAGCUCUCGGGCAAAGUCGUAGAGGAGUCCCAGAAGCUGGAGGAGGUCCUGGUGAAACUGGAGGAGGAGAAGAAAAAGACAGGCGAAUUGGAAGACCAGCUGUCAGCUGAGAAACAAAGAAGCUCGGGAAUGGAGGCUCAGCUGGAGAAGCAGCUCUCUGAGUUCGAUACGGAGCGGGAACAGCUGCGUGCCAAGCUGAGCCGAGAAGAGGCACACACCACUAACCUCAAAGAGGAGAUAGACAAGAUGAAGAAAACGAUGGAGCAAAUGAAAAGGGGAAAUGACAGCAAGCCAGGCAUCUCCCUCCCACGAAAGACAAAAGACAGGCGCCUGGCUUCCGUCUCUGUGGCGACAGAAGGGCCCAUCACCAGGGCUGUUGCUUGCCAGACAGAUACAGUGGCAGAAAGCACUGACCCUGUGAAGAAGUCACCUUUGACUGUGCCCAUAAAGCCUUCCACAGGGAGCGCCCUAGUUCCUGCAAACACAAAAGGGAACGUGGCCCCCAGUGCCCUACUGAUCAGGCCAGGUAUUGACAGGCAGGCGUCCCACAGUGACUUGGGCUCCUCUCUAUCUGCUGCCCCACCACCAAGUGCAAAUAGAAUUGAGGAAAAUGGACCAAGCACGGGCUCCGUUCCUGAUGUGUCAAAUAGCACAUCCUCAACCUCCAGUAGCACUACCCCUGCCCCUGCCCAGACACCAGGCACAGCUCCCCAGAACCACUCACAAGCUGCCCCUGUGCACAGUUUACAGUCACCGUGUGCCAACACACCUUUGCAUCCAGGUCUCAACCCACGAAUCCAAGCGGCUAGAUUUAGAUUUCAGGGCAAUGCAAAUGACCCAGACCAGAAUGGAAAUACCACCCAAAGUCCUCCCUCAAGAGAUGUCUCUCCUACAAGUCGUGACAACCUAGUGGCCAAGCAGCUAGCCCGGAAUACUGUGACCCAAGCACUGUCGAGAUUUACCAGCCCUCAAGCAGGUGCUUCUCCAAGGCCGGGAACGUCUCCAGGAGGGGAUGCCGUCACCUGUCCUCCAGUCGGUCGAACGGGUUUAAAGACUCCUGGGGCAGCACGGGUUGACAGAGGAAAUCCUCCUCCUAUCCCUCCCAAAAAGCCAGGGCUCUCCCAGACUCCUUCUCCACCACACCCCCAACUGAGGGCCUCCAAUGCAGGGGCCAAAGUUGAUAACAAAAUCUUGGCUUCACCUCCCUCCACGGUGCCACAAGGGACCAAGGUAGUCAGUGAGGAGAACGUCCCUAAGUCAUCCUCCCCUCAGCUGCCACCAAAACCAUCCAUAGAUUUAACUGUGGCACCCGCAGGCUGUCCCGUUUCGGCCCUGGCCACGUCUCAGGUGGGUGCCUGGCCUGCUGAAACCCCUGGACUGAACCAACCUGCAUGUUCAGACAGCUCCUCCCUUGUCGUUCCCACCACCAUUGCCUUUUGCUCUUCCAUAAACCCUGUUAGUGCCUCAUCCAGUAGCCCCGGUGCCUCAGACAGCCUCCUGGUAACAGCAUCAGGCUGGUCACCCUCCCUAACCCCUUUGUUAAUGAGUGGUGGUCCUGCCCCCCUGGCUGGCAGGCCUACCCUUCUUCAGCAAGCUGCUGCCCAGGGAAAUGUCACUUUAUUAUCAAUGCUGCUUAAUGAAGAAGGACUGGACAUAAAUUACUCCUGUGAAGAUGGCCAUUCUGCCUUGUAUUCUGCUGCUAAGAAUGGACAUACAGACUGUGUGCGAUUGCUGCUGAAUGCAGAAGCCCGAGUCGAUGCUGCUGAUAAAAAUGGCUUCACACCCUUGUGCGCCGCAGCUGCUCAGGGACAUUUUGAAUGUAUAGAAUUACUAACUGCAUAUGAUGCCAACAUCAAUCACGCUGCUGCUGGAGGACAGACACCUCUGUACCUGGCCUGUAAAAAUGGAAAUAAAGAAUGUAUCAGACUCCUGCUGGAAGCUGGCACCGACCGGAGUAUAAAAACCAGAGAUGGCUGGACACCAAUUCACGCAGCUGUGGACACUGGUAACGUGGACAGCCUCAAGCUCCUAAUGUACCAUAGAGUGCCAGCUCAUGGAAACUCUUUGAGUGCAGAAGAGCCCAAGUCAGACUUGUUCACCGUGAAUGGAGGAGAGAGCCCUCCAGGUACAUCUAAGCCUGUGGUUCCUGCCGACCUCAUUAACCAUGCUGACAAAGAAGGCUGGACAGCUGCCCAUAUCGCUGCUUCCAAAGGUUUCAAGAACUGCCUAGAAAUCUUGUGUAGGCAUGGAGGUCUGGAGCCGGAAAGGAGAGACAAGUGCAAUCGGACUGUGCAUGAUGUUGCCACUGAUGACUGCAAGCAUUUGCUGGAGAAUCUGAAUGCUCUUAAAAUACCCUUAAGGAUUUCCGUGGGUGAGAUUCAACCAAGCAACAAUUGUUCUGACGACUUCGAAUGUGAGCACACAAUAUGCGCUUUAAAUAUCCGCAAACAGACAUCAUGGGAUGAUUUUUCAAAAGCAGUGAGUCAAGCUCUGACAAAUCAUUUCCAAGCCAUCUCUUCUGAUGGAUGGUGGAGUCUGGAAGAUGGGACAUUUAAUAACACUACCGACUCCUGCAUCGGUCUCGGCACCAGCAGUAUACAAUCCAUCACGCUAGGAAAUAUACCAUGGUCAGCUGGCCAGAGCUUCCCUCAGCCCCCAUGGGACUUCAUGAGGAAGAGGAAGGUAGAGCAGGUCACUGCGCUCCUGUCAGGUCCCCGCGAAGGCUGCCUCAGUAGUGUGACUUACGCAUCCAUGAUCCCUCUUCAGAUGCUGCAGAACUACCUCAGGCUGGUUGAGCAAUAUCACAAUGUCAUUUUCCAUGGCCCAGAAGGAAGCUUGCAAGACUUCAUAGCACAUCAGCUUGCCCUCUGCAUGAAGCACAGACAGAUGGCUGCAGGAUUCCCCUGCGAAAUAGUGAGAGCUGAGGUGGAUACAGGUUUCUCCAAGGAACAGCUGGUAGACAUGUUCAUCAGUAGUGCUUGUCUGAUCCCAGUGAAACAGUCUCCUAUUAAGAAGAAAAUAAUCGUCAUCUUAGAAAAUCUGGAAAAAUCUUCCUUAUCUGAGCUCCUGGGGGACUUUCUGGCACCAUUGGAAAACCGCAGCACUGAAAGCCCGUGUACUUUCCAGAAAGGAAAUGGAACGUCCGAAUGCUAUUACUUCCAUGAGAACUGCUUUCUGGUCGGAACCAUUGCCAAGGCAUGUCUCCAGGGUCCUGACCUGCUGGUGCAGCAGCAUUUCCGCUGGGUUCAGCUGCGGUGGGACUGUGAGCCCAUUCAAGGACUGCUGCAGAGGUUCUUGCGAAGGAAAGUAGUGAACAAGUUCAGAGGUCAGCCGCCCUCACCCUGUGAUCCAGUGUGUAAGAUUGUGGACUGGGCUCUGUCUGUCUGGAGGCAGCUCAACUCCUGCCUGGCUCGCUUGGGUACACCAGAAGCACUUCUUGGACCAAAGUAUUUCCUGUCUUGUCCAGUAGUCCCAGGACAUGCCCAAGCAACAGUGAAGUGGAUGUCUAAGCUGUGGAAUGCUGUCAUCGCUCCCAGAGUUCAAGAAGCAAUAUUGUCAAGAGCCUCCGUGAACAGACAACCUGGUGUUGGGCAGCCAGCUUCUAAGAAGCACCCUAGCCAAGGACAACAGGCUGUGGUGAAGGCUGCUCUCAGCAUCCUGCUUAAUAAAGCCGUUCUGCAUGGCUGUCCCCUGCCCAGGGCAGUUUGUGUUGUUUCAGAGCUAGACCAGUAUAUAGCAGACUUCAAAGGGGGAAGUUUCCCUUUGUCCAUCGUUUCAAGUUACAGCAAGAAGAAAGGAGACAGCGGUGCCUGGAGAAAGGUGAACACGAGUCCUCGCAAGAAGCCUGGGCACUUUUCCUCACCCACGUGGAACAAGCCAGACCGGAAGCAAGAAGGUUUGAGAAAUAAGGCUAUACCACAUCUGAACUGUAACAGGAACAGCUCUCUGUCAAAGCAACAGCCCCUAGAGAACGAUCUCUCCCUGACAUUGACUCUGGACCACAGACUCUCUUUGGGGUCAGACGAUGAAGCAGAUCUUGUCAAAGAACUCCAGAGUAUGUGCUCCAGCAAAUCUGAGUCUGACAUAAGCAAGAUCGCUGACUCCAGGGAUGACUUGAGGAAGUUUGAUAGUUCAAGAGCCAACCCUGGGUCUUCAGCUCCUGUUAAUCUGAGGAUGCCAGUGCCACAGAAGGAAGCCAGUCCUCUCAGCAGCCAUCAAACCACUGAAUGCAGCAACAGUAAAUCAAAGACUGAGUUGGGUGUCUCAAGAGUUAAGUCUUUUCUUCCUGUUCCUAGAAGUAAAGCCACCCAGUGUUCCCAGAACACCAAGAGAAGCAGCAGCAGCAGUAAUACAAGGCAACUAGAAAUCAAUAACAACUCCAAAGAAGAGAAUUGGAACUUAGACAAACACGAACAAGUAGAAAAACCUAACAAAUAGGCCUGCCUACAACAACAUGAUCACCUUAACUUCUUUUGUAUUUUUCAUGCAGAAACCAAGGAUAAGAAGAUGUAAAUACCUUCCAAUGAAUAAAAACAUUUUCCUGUAAUAUAAAGGAUGAGUGCGGGACCACUAUUCAAUUUUUUGUAAAGAAUGUAUUUAUAACUAACUUUUUUUUUCUGUUAAUUCUGUAGAACUAAACUUCGAUCCCGUGAAGUUAUGGCAACUUUCCAAGUAGUUUUAUAAUAGAAACAUUGCUUUAGUUUUAAUCAAGAUGUUCAGGGGUAUUAAAACAGAAAUGUCUGUGUACUGUAUAUUGCUAUCUGUACAUAUGUACAUAUAUGUAUAUUUAUAGAUGUUGCAUACACAUGUACAAGGUUGGCUUAGAUAAAAUGUACCAUUUGGAAUGGAGAUGUUAAUUGUAUGUUCGCCUGAUGGGGAAUGACUUGAACGGGGCAAUAACAAAACAUUUCUAAACCGUUAUUUUCCAUUAAAAGCCAUAUGAAGUAUUUUGCCUGUUAAAAUUCUAGUUUUACAUUUUGGAUCUUUUAGUGGUUACAUUGCCAUCUGGUUGCAUCAUGUAUAUAUAUUUACGCUUCUGAGUUUGCAUUAUGACUUGUAAAAUAUGAAAUUAUAAUGCAAUAAAAGUGUUAUCUUUCUUACAAAACUUUUGUACCUAAGUGGAUAUAAAAGUUACCUACAUAAAUAUGUCAAUAAAUGAA